AUGCUAUAUGAUACAAUUAUAGUUCCUAUAAAUAACCACACAUUAUCAUAUUUUAAGUUUGAAAGGUUCACAGUGACUCAUUUAUUCUUCCUGAUCAUAAUUUUUAAUCUUUAUUUUGUCCAGGGAAAACAUGAAAAGAAUCAAAAUAAUAAUGAUGCCACUGGAUAUGCACCACGUAAAAUCCACUGUGACUUUCCCGAAAAUGUUUCUUUAGUAAGAGAAGCAAGUUCCAUAUCAACCAAUGAAUCUCGGUGGUUAAAGCAAAGAAAAAAAAUUACUGUCCCUGCAUUAUAUGAUUUUUUAGAAAGAUCAAUGACUUCUUUUAAAAAUAAAGAAGAAGUUAGUUUGAUUCUAGAAACAUUAUUUAAUGCCAGAAGCAAGGAUCAUAUAGAUACAGAAACGCUGUCAAGUCCACAGAUUGGUGUUGCAAUAUCUGGUGGUGGUUACAGAUCCAUGUUGACCGGUGCCGGGGUUUUAGCUGCCAUGGACGCAAGAACUAAGGAUUCUGUUACCCAUGGUCUUGGUGGUCUAUUGCAAGCAACUUCAUACAUUGCAGGUAUCUCUGGUGGUAACUGGUUAGUAGGAUCUUUAGCAUGGAAUAAUUGGACCUCCGUACAAUCUAUUUUAGACAAUAUGCAUGUAGAAGAUUCCAUUUGGGAUCUUGAUGAUUCAAUUAUAUCACCUGGUGGACUCAAUAUUAUUAAAACAGCACAGAGGUGGGACCAUAUCUCAGGCGCAAUAGAUGCCAAGAGAGACGCGGGGUUUGAGACCUCUCUGACUGAUGUUUGGGGACGAGCCUUAUCUUAUCAUUUUUUCCCUAAAUUGAAUAGAGGUGGUAUUGACUAUACAUGGAGCUCAUUACGUGAAUCAAAUGUUUUCAGAAAUGGUGAAAUGCCAUUUCCCAUAUCGGUAGCAGAUGGUAGAUACCCUGGUACUAAGGUAAUUAAUUUAAAUGCUACCAUCUUUGAAUUCAAUCCAUUUGAAAUGGGAUCAUGGGAUCCUUCGUUAAAUGCAUUCAUUGAUGUCAAAUAUAUUGGUACCAAUGUGUCUAAUGGUAUUCCUGAUAAUAUCAAUAGUUGUGUAGUUAAUUAUGAUAAUACUGCAUUUGUCCUGGGCACAUCUGCAACUCUGUUUAAUCAAUUCUUAUUGAGAAUAAAUUCAACAAAAAUGCCAAGAUUUAUCAGACGUUUAGGAACACAUAUUUUAAAGGGAAUUUCACAAGAUUUUAAUGAUGUUGCUGUAUAUCAUCCAAACCCAUUUAAAGAUACUAAAUUUGUUGAAACAAAUUUUACUACAAGUAUUACCGAAUCUGAUUUCUUAUUUUUAGUUGAUGGUGGUGAGGACGAUGAAAAUAUUCCAUUUGUUCCAUUAGUACAAAGAGACAGAAAUCUAGAUAUAAUAUUUGCUGUGGAUUCUUCUGCUGAUAUGGAAAUACAAUGGCCAGAUGGUUCCUCAUUAGUACAUACAUACGAACGUCAAUUUGUACAUCAAGGUAAACAAAUGGCUUUCCCAUAUGUUCCAGACACAAACACAUUUGUUAACCUUGGAUUGAAUAAAAGACCUACCUUUUUUGGUUGUGAUGGUCAAAACUUGACUUCUUUAAAAUAUAUCCCGCCUUUAAUCGUUUAUCUACCUAAUUCCGAGUACUCAUUUAAUAGUAAUCAAAGCGCCUUCAAACUGUCUUACACUGAAAGACAAAGAAGAGAAAUGAUCCAAAAUGGGUUCGAAAUCGCUACCAGAAAUAAUUUUACAGAUGAUCCUGAUUUCUUAGGUUGCAUAGGUUGUGCAAUUAUGAGGAGGAAACAAGAGUCUCUAAGCUUGCCUUGGCCGCAAGAAUGUGAAGCAUGCUUUAUCAACUACUGCUGGGAUGGUACAUUGGAUAUCAAGGAACUGCCUGAUUAUAUGAAAGAUGUACAUGGCUCAUUUAUUUAUGAAAAUAAUGGUGAUGGUAAUAAUACAACGGUAGUUACAGAAAGUGAGUUGGUAAAUGGACAAACAUUACUACUUAGUGACAUAUCAUACUUACGAAAAUCAAAUUCAAAGACAGUUAAAGAAAAACAAAUAAAAAUCAAUUUAAAAAUUAUUUUCUUAUUAAUCUGUGCAUUAACGUUCUUAAUAAGUCUUAUAUGA